UCGCAACUUUGAAAACAAAACGACAUGCCGUUUACGAUUUCUCGAAUAUAGCUGCCAUCAACAUCAUCUUCUUCAACCCCAUGGCGAUAAUUGAACUAUACCCCAAAUUCUUCUUCUCUCAAAACCCAAUUCCCAAACCCUUCAAAAACCCUAAUUUCAAUCCCAGAAACACCGCAUUCAACCCAAUCGCUCAAAUUUCCCACCAACCAAUAACCACCACUCCAAACCGCGGCAUAAUCUUCCGAGAAAAAGUUCUAUACCUCGAAAAACUCAAAGUAAAUCCACAAAAAGCCUUCAAACAAAACCCCACCCUCCGAACUUGUCCUCUCCAAACCCUAAAAUCUGUCGAACAAUGCCUCUCAUCAAUCGGUAUACACAGAACCGAAAUGGGUCGAAUCCUCGACAUGCUUCCUGCACUUCUCACGUGCGAACCACACAACGACAUUUACCCCCUUCUCGAUUUCCUCCUCAACGAGGUUCAAAUCCCUUACCACGAUGUUCAAAAAUCAAUCUUGCGGUGUCCUAGGUUGUUGGUGAGUAGCGUAGAGAAUCGAUUGAGACCCGCGCUCUGGUUUUUGAGGGAAUUAGGGUUUGUUGGGCCGCAUUCUCUCACGUGCCAAACUACUUUGCUUUUGGUUUCUAGUGUGGAGAAUACCCUUUUGCCUAAAGUUGAGUUUUUGAUGGGUUUGGGGUUCACACGUGUGGAGGUUUCGAAUAUGAUUGUUAGGUCUCCGGGUUUGUUGACUUUUAGUGUGGCGAAUAAUUUGGGUCCGAAAGUUGAGUUUUUCUUGAAUGAGAUGAAUGGUGAUGUUGCUGAGUUGAAGGGGUUUCCUCAGUUUUUCUCUUUUAGCUUGGAGAAGAGGAUUAAGCCGAGGCACGCUGAGUUAGUUCGGCUUGGAUUGGCGAUUCCUCUGCAAGAGAUGUUGCGGGUUAGUGAUGGCGAGUUUGAUUCCAGGUUGUUUGAGUUGCGGUUAAGGGAAAUUGAGGGAAGAAGAUAAGGGUAAUUGUAGUUGUUGUUUUUUUGUAGGAUGAGAGAUAUAGAAUUGUCACUGUUUAAUGUUAUUUUAUAACAAAUGUAUAUGCAUAGCUAGGAAGUUGUGUUAGAGAAAGAACAGAAUAACCAUGAAUCAGUGAUGUUUACUGAAUAAUGUAUAAUGGAUCCCCUUAUGUGAUAAUGCUUGCUUGACUACCCUGCAAGUUAAUUCAGUAAAUGCAUUUUGUCUUUGCAGUUAUAUUGAUAA